AUGGAUCUGUCAGAGGACUCACCGUGCAUUAUCGGCUCAGCUUGUCGUUUACCGGGCGGGGUAACUCGUACUGACACUUUAUGGUCUAUAUUUCACCAAGGCGAUUGGACAGCUUCCAGUACAUACCCGCCAGCAUCUCGCGGCUUUGCUCGAUACUCUAACGAGAGCGACGCUCCCGCUGUUCCAAGUGGACGUGGAGGUUGGCUGGGCGAGGAAGGUAUCGAGCAGUUUGAUGCGCAUUUCUUCCACGUUUCACCCUCGGAGGCGCAGACAUUGAGGCCGAAUAUUCGGCUUGCCCUCGAGCUAACCUGGGAGGCUCUCGAGAACGCUGGUAUUCCGCCCUCUACACUACGCGGAAAAAAUGUUUCAGUCUCGGUUGGAGUUGGUACCGAGGAUGGUUGGGAUAUGAAGCGAUGGUCGGAUGACGGCGUGGGAGCCUUUGACCAAAAUUGGGCCACGAGCAGUGACCCGAGUGGUGUGGCUGGAUACGUUGCUCAUUCAUUCGACUUUCGCGGGUCUUGCAACACGGUGUCCAAUGCUUGCGCCAGUGGUGCAUUCGCUCUCAAAGAUGGAAUCAAUUCAUUACGUCAUGAGUCUGCAGAACUAGCAAUAAUCGGCUCCAUCACCACUCACUUCAGCCCGGCUCCUUUCGCCUGGGCAACUGCCUCAGGUGUAGCAUCGCGAAACGGUCGCUCUUCCGCUUUUUCAUCGGAUGCGGACGGCUACUCUCCUUCCGAGGGCGCCAUCUUCUUCGUUUUGAGAAGACGUAGCAUGGCAGAAUCUCUGGGCGAGCACAUCCAUGGAAUGAUACGCGCUCUGGCAACAGGACAUAAUGGCGCAACGCGGACGCUCAUCACCCCCAACCCUGAUGCCCAGGCUAAUCUUACACAAAGGGCUCUUGUCGCAGCGCAUCUCAAACCUGACGAUAUAUCUCUUUUGGAAGCGCAUGGUACAGGCACACUGGUAGGGGAUGCUUUGGAAGCGGAGAGCAUUCAGUCAGUUUAUGGAUCCCGAUGUGGCGAACCCUUGUUGCUCUCGUCAUCCAAGACAGUUUUGGGCCAUUGUCAUGGCUCUGCAGCACUUGUUGGAAUUCUCAAGGUACUCACUUGCAUGAAGCAUCGCGCUGUGCCCCCACAUCAUGUCACGCCCCAUUCACAGUUUAGUACCGGACACAUAAUCAUCCCCGUCAUUCCCACCCCCUUGAAGGCCGAACGAAUAUAUGCAAUGGUGAAUGCCUUCGGCUUUACAGGUUCAAUUUCGAGCAUUGUUCUCGAAGAUUUGCCGCAGAAACAAGAAGGGUGCCUUCUCUCAUCCCAAGACUCACCUCCAAUUAGUUCCCAGUUCUAUUUUUUGCCCUUUUCUGGACAUUCCUCAAAGACCCUCGCAUCCCAGAUACGUUGCAUUUCUGCAUGGGCUGUGGAAUGUAAAUGUAGCUUGCGUGAGCUUGCUACCAUUCUUGGGCUUUGUCGAGAUCAUCAUGAUUACCGCCGCGCCAUUGUCGUCAGCUCACUCGAGACCCUUUCAAGUCUUACCGCCGCGACCGAACUCCAUGUUCUUGACUUCCCCUCAAAGUCUGCUUCUCGUACCUUCCAGCCAGAGCAUAGGAUCACUGCCGAACUUCUUGAUAUACAGAACACAGAUUCAAGUGUGUUUGAUGACCACUUUCAAAGACGGGAUCUAUCAAAUCUAUUGGAAACAGGGGAUAUUUUGGAGGCCGCCCAGGUGCUGUACGAACGUGGUCAUCGUUUGGCAUUCUCCUCUGUUUACGACAAACGUGAGAUCAACCGGGAGAUGUUACACUCUUUCCCGCUCUACCAAUUUGAUAGAAAGCGACAUUGGAAGGAAGUCGCCACUCCGUAUCGCGAAGAGUUUUGGGCCCUAUCUUCCGAGACAAACUCCGAACCUUUAUCGACAAUCACACUCACACCAACGAUACCUCUUCCCCAAACUCACGGUACCCGCAUCAAUCAAGACGUUUUUGAAGAACUCGUCAGAACGUUUGGAAGGCCUAUUGACUUGGUAGUGGAACCAAAAGCUCCCAAAAGUGAAUCAGGGGCUCACGUGCUUUUAACCGGUGGCAACGGCAUGUUCGGUGUCAACGUACUCAGCCGGCUGCUUAAGGACUCGUCUUCGACUGUAUAUUGCAUCAUACGCGGAGAUCCUUGGGGACGUUUGCGCGAGUCUUUCGCGAAGCAUAAUCUCGACCUUCAAUUGCUGCAAAGUUCGAAAGAUCGCGGUUCACUCCAUCUGUUACGCACUACAGAUAUCUCAGGGCCAAAGCUCGGAUUAUCAGAUACUGAUUACGAGCUUUUAGUUGAAACCAUUGACGAAAUCAUCCACGCUGCUUGGAUGGUUAAUUUCAACCUCCCUCUAGGCGAAUUUCACCCUUUCAUUCAAGCCACUAGGAAUCUUGCCGAGCUUUGUGUCUGUUCGCGAAAGCUUGUAAGAUACCACUUCAUCGGGUCAUACGCUAGCACCUUCAACUAUCCCGAAGGCUUGGUUCCAGAAAGUAUAACAAAGCCAUUGUUGAAGCAUUCGUUAAAACAAGGCUACGCCAUCUCUAAGCUGGUGGCCGAGCAUUGUCUGCUCAGCAUCCAUCGAACGUCACCCUCAGCAUUUCAGCUUGUUAUCGUUCGAGUGGGACAAAUUUGUGGCAACAGCAAGACAGGUUCUUGGUCCCCAGAUGAGAUGAUGCCUAUGAUGAUCGCAUCUCUUCCAGAACUGCGAGCACUACCGUCUUGCUUUCCUGACGUCUCAUGGAUUCCGUCUGAUAUCUGCGCCGACGCGUUGCUUGACUUUGUCUUCUCAUCGCGGGAUAAAAUCAACAACCCUCACAUUUUCCACCUUGCCAAUCCACGCAUCGUUCCAUGGACCGAAAUAAUAACCGAAAUCGGAGAGUUUGCGGGAGUAGGAUGUCUCCAGCUUCUUUCACUUCAAGACUACACAAAUCUACUUCGGAGCGUCCAACAUCCCCUCCCUGUGAUGCGACUACUUCCGUACUUCUUGAGUUCAUUGGAAGAGGGCACCAUACCGCAGAAAUUUGCAUCUUUAGAGGUUUCUCAUUCUCUCAGAUUUAGCAAUUCACUUGCAUCUUGCCCACCUAUCGGCUCUGAGUUGCUGAAGAACAUUGUACGAUCUGCCUUAUCGAACAGGCCUCUGGCUCCUACGCUAGCAAAUAUAUCUCCUGUCUUCGUGUUUGGCCCUUGGUCUUCUUACUCAGCAAACUCCGAUCAAUUGAAGAUGUCAGACCCUAUAGAGACCCGAAUUAUAGCUCUCGCAGAACAGAUCCAAAGGAGCCUUGGUGACAAUCUGAUUAGACUCGAUGCGUCCUUAGAGCAACAGCUCAAGACAUUGGCAUCGCAAUUACGCAUCGUAAAGCAGCUUGCGGAUCGAGGCAUCCUUCCCCGUGCAGUUCUUGGAUACUGUUUCGGAGAGUAUGCAGCUGCAGUCGCUGCCGAGAUUAUUUCUGAGGAAGUAGCCGUCGAGAUUAUUGUCCGUCGAGCCAUGGUCCUUCGUACCAUCAAGGGCGCCAUGAUCAACGUCUUUUGCAAACGCACAGUCACUGAACACUAUUUGGCAGAGCUUUCUGACCCUCCCACUAUCGCUAUCAUCGCUGGACCUGAACAUCUCAUCCUCUCGGGUUCUUAUCUGCAAAUCAAGCAAGCCGAAACUCAUUUGCACAUUCGUGGAGUGAAGACAAUCGCAGUGCCCACCAGUCUUCCGUUUCAUUCAUCACUCAUGGACGAUGCCACCAUUCUUUUAACCCCAUACGAAUUUCUUCCGAAGGACACGAGCAUCUCCUACGUGUCAGGGAUAACAGGUACAGCUAUUCGAGGUCGGCGGCUGGGCUUCAAGUAUUGGCUCAGGCACAUGCGCGAAGCGGUCGAAUUCUACGAUUCGAUGGACUACGUCCGGUCAAAUUUUCCUGGAGAGCUCAUCAUAGAUAUUGGUCCCGGGGCCUUGAUAUCCAAAAUCAUCUCCAGGUAUCAAUGGGACGACAUGAAAGUUCUGUCCCCUGUGGAUGAAGCUUUAGAUCUCACUAUUCCGCCAUCAAAGCCCACAAAUUCAGUUCAACUUCCGACCACUGUUAGAACUAUCAGCUCUACGCACGGGUAUACGGCCGAUCCAACGCACAUGGCCUUAGAUAUUCUUUGGAAAAUGUUUGGAUACGAGCCUUCCAAUGCGCUGUUGGCUCGCUCCUUACACUCCAUAGGUUUGCAGUCGAUGGACUUUAUUCGGUUUUCUGAUGCCUUCCACAAGCAGACGGGUAUCUACGUUUCUAUAUCCGCUUUCGUUUCUGAUUCUACCUUGAGCGAGAUCGUCCGUAAAGCUCAACUCACGUCAUUGAAGAAAUGA